GCGAACCCGGUCCACCACGUCACCCUCCCUCUUCUUCCCAGCGAACCAGGACGCGCACACUGCAGAUAAGAGAGGCGGGUACACCACACGCGCCGCCGCCGACCAAAACCCUAGCCACGGAGACCCCACCCAUGGCGGCCUUCACCACCACCGCCGCCCCCUCCGCCUACGCCGCCGCCGCAGUCGCCCGCUCGCCGGCACCGAGCCCCUCGCAGUGGGCACCGCCCCGCCGCUCGCCGCCGGCCGUCGGGCUCAGGCGAGAGGCCGCGCCGCCUCGCCGGGGAGCCGCGCUCCUGGUCAAAGCUAAGAAGGAAACAUUUUCUACCUUCGAGGAGUUAUUGGAGAAGUCUGAAAAGCCUUUACUGGUCGACUUCUAUGCAACUUGGUGUGGUCCGUGCCAAUACAUGGUUCCCAUACUUCAAGAAGUGCAUGAGAAGAUGAGUGACAAGAUUAACAUUGUGAAAAUUGAUACAGAGAAAUAUACAAGCAUUGCAAAUAAGUAUAAGAUUGAAGCAUUACCAACUUUCAUUAUCUUCAAGGACGGGGAACCUUGUUAUCGCUUUGAGGGAGCGUUGCCUGCUGACCAGCUAAUCCUGCAGAUUGAGAGUGCUUUAGAAGCUCCAAAGUAGCAUGUGCAUGUAUUGUCAGCAAGGAAUUUGGCCCCCUGAAAGAGCAUGUGUGAAGAAUGUCCUCCUUAUGGGUUGAUCUGCCAAGUAUGUGAGACGGUCUGAAAUCUCGGUGUACAAAGAUAUGGAAGCGCACACCUAGAUGCAUCUUUUGUGUAAAUUCUUUGAGCGACUAAGAUUUUGUUUUGGAACUAGAGCCUCUGGUGUUCCAUUUGCCUGGUACGGAAAAUUACCAUAUCCAUAUUUAUCAAAUUGAAAUGUUAAGCGAUGAGGUUUACUUCAA